AGAUUCUGCUGGAUGAGAUGAUACUCAUGCCUGGAGCUAAACAAAAACUGAUUUCUUAGCCAAAAGCAAACCUGGGGUUAGAAGUUAGAACAAUUAAUAUUCUCUAUCUUUUACAUAUAAAUAAAAUAAAUAUACAAAGAGCUCUUUAUAUUCUGGUGGAUUGAGUUUAUUCCAAGAGGGCUUGAUGUAUCUUUUGUGACUUCUGCACAAGCAUAGACAAUAUCUAGAUAAUAAGAGUCUCCAAAUAAUCUUGAUAAAUUCCAAAGAAUUUUUUGUUGAGCAAUGUAUGUGCAAGCCGGAUUGAUUGGGGUUUUGAAGAUGGGUGAUACCAAUCCUGCCUGGAAGUUCCUCUUUCUGUUUUUUAUAUUUAGCCUUCUUUUGUGUUUUGGUUCGUGAUAAUUUUGUGUUUUUAUUUAUAAUUUAGGCUUUGGAUGUAAUGGAAACUUGAAACUAGUUCAAGAUGGAUAGUGGUGCACCUCUUACGCCUAAUAACAUGUUAGCAACACUCUCGGACAACAACAUGGAUUUUGAUCUUAUGGAUACUCUAUUUGAUGAUGGAUGUUGGUUAGCGGCGUCGCCUUCUAACUUUUGGCCUCAGGGGUUGUCGCCAGUUGCUUCAGAUUUCUCCUCAUAUUACUUUUCAACAACAGAUGCUGAUAAUAUAAACCACUUGGAACCAAACUCGCUUCAAGAGGAUUUUCAAGAGGAAGAAGAAAGAUUGAACUACAGUGAAAAUGUGCGCCUCGUGUGGGAAACAUCGGCAUCUUUAGCCCCAGAAAGUUCUUUGGUUGAUGGCAAUAGAAUGAACACAAGUUUGUGGAUUCCACCGAGUGAAGAUCCAAACUCUACAACCUCUGUGAAGAACAAAUUAUUUCAAGCAUUUGAACAUUUAAAACAUCACACAAGAGAUGAUUUUCUCAUUCAGAUCUGGGUGCCUGUAAAGAAAGAAGGCCAAAAUGUUCUUAGCACUAAUAAUCAACCAUUCUCUCUUGAUCCAAAAUCCAAGAGUCUUGAGUGGUACAGAAAUGUUUCCAGUAACUAUCAGUUUGCAGCUCAGGAGGACUCAAAGGAAUAUUUUGGCUUGCCUGGCCGGGUUUUCUUAAAGAAAUUGCCAGAGUGGACGGCUGAUGUCCGUCGUCUGAGGAGAGAAGAUUUCCCACGCAUUGAUUAUGCUCAACAGUGCAACGUCAGGGGUUCUAUAGCACUUCCUGUUUUUGAACGAGGAAGUGGUGCUUGCUUGGGUGUUGUGGAAAUCGUGACAACUGGUCCAGAUUGCAGACCCGAGCUUGAUGAUGUCUGCAAAGCACUAGAGGCAGUUGAUCUUAGGAGUCCGGGAAAUUUGAGAAUGGAUCGUGAAGAAGUGGCAGAAAUUAAGGAGAUUUUGACGUCUGUGUGCAAAAGACAGAAUUUGCCAUUGGCUCAGACUUGGGUUCCAUGUACUCAGCAAAGCACAGAGCAGUGCCGAUCUAAUGGAGAUAUGGCGUGUCUUUCGGUUGAUGCUUCUGCUUGUUAUUAUGUGCAGGAUGAACAAGUGUUGAGCUUUCACGAGGCAUGCUGUAAGAAGCAUCUGCUUAGUAAUGAAGGUGUCGUUGGGAGAGCACUCAUGACAAAUCAUCCAUGUUUCACCACUGAAAUUAGUGCUUUUAAUGAGAUUGAGUAUCCUCUUGCGUAUCAUGCCAAGAUGGCGAGACUGCAUGGAGCUGUAGCAAUACGUUUCAGAAGCAUCUAUACUGAUUCAAUAAGCUUCAUCAUAGAGUUCUUCCUACCAAUUGAUUGCAAAGAUUUAGAAGAACAAAAGCAGUCUGUAAGCUUGCUAUCAUCUCAAAUCCGACAAUUAUGCCAUGGUUCACAUUUUCUUCCUGAUGUAGAGAUUGAAACAGAAAAUCUAUCACCAGUAAGAGAAAACUCUCCGCCAGGAGGAAGACUAGUUGAAGAGAUCCAUACAAAGUUUGUAUCUUCUUCAUCGUCAGAAGAGGCUACUCGAGAUGAAUUAUCUUGGAUUUCUCAAAUGUUGGAAGCCCAGCAGAAGGGUAACGGUAUAUCUGUUUCCUUGGGGAAUCAAAAGCAGGAGCCAGAGGAUUUCAAUAUGAAUACAGAUUGGAUUAUUCCUGAUGGAAGAUUUUUUAGUUCUGGGGCAGAACCUUCACUGCAUAAAAACAUUGUGCAAGAUAAAUCAAGAGGAACUGCCAAAAAUGGGGUAGAGCUGUCUUCUGUGAAGGGGCAGCGGUCUUCUGGCGCCAAAAAAGCGGGGGAGCAUAGAAAACUGAAGGCUGAGAGGACUAUAAGUUUGCAAGUAUUGCGACAGUACUUUGCUGGUAGCCUGAAAGAUGCUGCUGCAAGUAUCGGUGUGUGCCCCACCACCUUGAAAAGAAUAUGCAGGCAACAUGGCAUUUCUCGAUGGCCUUCACGAAAGAUCAAGAAGGUAGGACACUCGCUAAAGAAACUCCAGCUUGUGAUAGAUUCAGUCCAAGGUAGUGAGGGUGCUAUUCAACUCAGUUCCUUUUAUACAAACUUCCCGGAACUAAGUUCUCAAAAUGUGACUGGAACAAGCUCCUUGUCUCCAUCAAAGAUUGAUAAUCAGCUGAAGCCACAGCCUACACAACACAGGGAAAGCUUAUUAAGCCCUGCAACCACAGCUUCACAAUCAACUUCUUCUUCCAGCCCCAGCUCCAGCUCGAGUUACUGUUGUUCUACUGAAGCAAAGGAGGCGAAGGUCAAUGCCAAUUUCUCUGGUACCGGAGAUGCCCCACCAGCAGUAGGGGUGCUAAAGAGAGCACUAAGUGACGCCAAAUUACAUGACUCGGUUCAAGAGGAUACAAAGUUUCUUGUACGAUCCCAUAGCUAUAAACUUUUCAGUGAGCUUCCGCCACUUGGCUCCCUAAUACCACCGCAGAAAGGUAAUAACAAUCAGGCCUUAAAGAAUGGAACUUCUUUCCGAGUGAAGGCCACCUUGGGGGAAGAAAAAAUCCGCUUCAGCAUGCCGCAAUACUGGGGUUUUACAGAUCUGCAGAGGGAGAUAUCAAGGCGUUUCAAUAUAGAUAUAGAGGAUGUCAAUAAACUUGAUUUGAGGUACUUGGAUGAAGAUUCAGAGUGGAUACUCUUAACAUGCAAUGAUGAUCUUGUGGAAUGCAUCGACAUACACAGAUCAUCCAAGAGCCAUACCAUCAAACUCUCUCUGCGCCACUCGCGUUAUCCCAAUCUUGGCAGUUCACUAGAUAGCUGUGGACCAUCCUGAUGCUCUGCAGUAGUUGUUUAUGGUUACUGCUUUUGCAAUGUUAGGAAUGUAUUAGAAUUACAGAUGAAGCUUUUGGUCAUCUUGAAGGCAUGGUGAUACAACUGCCAAUAAAAUUUAGAACCAGAUGAUGGCAGUAUGCCCCUUGUUAAACGGGGUUUAGUAAUUACAGUUGUGCUAUAUAAAAUAUUUUAUAUAUAGCUAGUCCAUCCAGGUGGACUCUUCAUGUACUGCAUAUGCUUUUAGAAACUACUAUUUCUAGAUUCUGUGUAACACUAUUUGAAUCUAUGCAAUCAUUUUACCUGUCA